AUGGUGAACUGGUCGUCCCAUACCUUCUGCUGUCUCAUAUGUGUGGAACCAGGUGUGGAGAGCUUUUUUCGGGGAAACUUGCAAGUACAGUUUGGGGGGAGACGGGCGUCGACCCAACCUUAUGAGUAUUCAGACUAUAACAGUUCCGAUGAACAGUCACUCACUUUUGACAGUUAUACGAUUCCAGAAGAUGAUCUAGAAUUGGGUCAAUUACGUUUAUUAGAAGUGGACAAUCGAGUGGUUGUACCAGCCAAAAGUCAUCUACGUAUUAUUGUAACAUCUGCUGAUGUACUUCAUAGUUGGGCUGUACCUUCCCCAGGUGUAAAAUGUGAUGCUGUACCUGGUCGUUUAAAUCAAACCUCUAUUUCGUACAACGAGAAGGAGUUUACUAUGGUCAGUUCAGUGAGAUUUGUGGAACUAAUCAUGCCUUUAUGCGUGCGCCGGAAAGAUAGGCCGACUGCUGAGCCCACUCUGGCUCAGCCGCACCACCCAGGGUGCGAGCCACCCGAGAAGCAAGCUAUUACAGCGAGCGGCUGGAGCAGUAUGGAGCCAAGGAGCAAGGCAGUAGAUAAGAUAGAAGAAGGGGUCAGGCUCCCGGUGGAGCAGAGGAUACGGUCAUGCGAAGGGGGCCAGUCCAAGAUCGUACUGUUCCUCUACAAAGACAACAGACGCUCUCAACGGCUAGGCGCCACUCUCUUUCUGAGUUAUUCCAGCUUCUUCAUGAUUUCGUGCCGCGGUGAACAAACAAAACAAAAAAGAGGGCCAUCUCAGCGGAAGGAGAAGGACCUGCAACGGCAGAGACUACUGACCCUAUUCUUGUUCCUAGCCGUCUUUUACGAGUCCGGAAAGCCUCCUCAGAGGGAUCCUAAAAAUAGAAUAGAGAAGGGCGGGCAGGGCUUCCGCAAGAGCCUCCCCCCUCUUCCCGGUCAAGAUAGAUGGGAAGGAGCCCUAUCAAGGCCAUAA